AUGAAGACCAUAAGACUCAACAGAAACAGUGCUCUUCUAAAUGAAGUCAAAAGAGAUUCCAUUCUCUUGGAUUCGUGUUUCGAGUUCCAGAACAUCAAUCAUUCCCUCGACCAGCUAAAGCCUAUCCUAUAUUCUUUACCAGUUAAUGCUAUAUUCUCAGACUUUGCUAUAGCAGUUAAACUGGCUGAAAUCUCUGCUGAUUUGGACAUCCCUUACUACAUUGUUGCCACCACUUCAGCACAGUUUUUCUCUCUUAUUGCGUAUCUUCCUUUUCUGACGACGGAGGAUCCCAAUGUAUUUAGCAAUCCUUUGGAAACAAUCGCAGCCCUCAAUAGCUACCGUGUUCUGAACAACCUGCCACCACUUUUUCCCAUUGGACCAUUGAGAUCCCGUGAGCCUCAGGAAAGACAUCAUCUUCCAUGGUUAAAUGAGAAACCUGCUGAGUCAGUGGUUUAUGUCAAUUUCGGGAGCCGAGAGGUAAUGUCAACAGAUCAAAUAAGAGAACUAAGGAAAGGGCUGGAAAUAUGCGGGCGUAACUAUUUGUGGGUAAUUAAAAGCAAUGAGGAAGGGCACGUUAGUAAAGAGUUUCACGAAUUUUCAGGGGAUUCUUCUCCAGAAGGAAGCAAGAGCAGGGGUGAAAUAAUAAGAGGGUGGGUGGAUCAGGAAAAGAUACUGGCUCAUCCUGCCAUUGGAGGAUUUGUUAACCAAUGUGAAUGGGGUUCGGUCAUGCAAGCAGCUUGGUAG